ACUCUCAUUCUGAAAGCGGGACGAGUCCUUCAGGAGAACCUGACCCAGAGACGUCCAAACCAGCGAGAGCACACCACUGCUCCCAGUGUGGAAAGAGAUUUAUCCGGUUAGGGCACCUGAAAGAACACAUGAAAACACAUACAGGGGAGAAGCCUUACCACUGCUCCCAGUGUGGAAAGGGUUUUGGACAGUCAGGGCAUCUGAAGGUGCAUGAAAGAAGACACACUGGAGAGAAGCCAUAUCAAUGCUCCCAGUGUGAAAAGAAAUGUUUCUCACCAGGGGACCUGAAGUCACAUGAGAGAACACACACACAGUCUUUAGAGAGGCCUUUUCAAUGCGCUCAGUGUGGAAAGAGAUUUAUCCAGUCAUCGCAUCUGAAAGAGCAUGAAAGAAUACACACAGGAGAGAAGCCGUAUCAAUGCUCUCAGUGUGGAAAGGGUUUUAGAUACUCAGGGCAUUUAAAAGUGCAUGAAAGAACACACACUGGAGAGAAGCCGUAUCAAUGCUCUCAGUGUCAAAAGGGUUUUUUCUCACCAGGGGACCUGAGAAAACACGAGAGAACACAUUUAGUAGAGAGGCCUUUCCAAUGCUCUCAAUGCGGAAAGAGAUUUAUGCAGUCAUCACAUCUGAAAAAACACAAGAGAAUACACACAGGCGAACAACCGUUCCAAUGCUCUCAUUGUGGAAAAAGUUUUACCCGUUUGGGGAACUUGAAAACGCAUGAGAUGACACACACAGGAGAGAAGCCUUUCCACUGCUCCUUCUGUGGAAAACGUUUUACCCAUUUAGGGAACCUGAAAAUGCAUGAGAUGACACACACAGGAAAUAAGCCUUAUCACUGCUCCCAGUGUGGAAAAGGUUUUGGACACUCAGGGCAUCUAAAAGUGCAUGAAAGAACACACACUGGAGAGAAGCCGUAUCAAUGCUCCCAAUGUGAAAGUAAAUUUUUCUCAUCAGGGGACCUGAAAUCACACGAGAGAACACACACUGUAGAGAGGCCUUUCCAAUGCUCUCAGUGUGGAAAGAGUUUUACCCGGUUAGGGAAUCUGAAUAUGCAUUUGAGAACACACAGGGAGAAGCCAUACCACUGUUCAGACUGUGGAAAGAGAUUUAUCCAGCUAGGGGACCUGAAAUCACAUGAGCGGACACACACAGGAGAUAAGCCUUUCCAAUGCCUCAGUGUGGAAAAAGUUUUGCCUGGUUAG